AUGUCGCUGUGGGCCCGAGUCAAUCAGCUCCCGCAGCCCAUUCUGGAGCAGAUCCGCUUCAUCUACGGCAGCAAUUUCCCCAUCGAGGUGCGUCACUACCUGGCGGAAUGGAUCGAAGACCGGUUGCUCAACGUGCCGGUGUACACGAACGACCAGGAAGCCUUGUACGAGCAGGAUGCGGCGAACUUCCUGAACCAGAUGAUCAUGGAGCUGGAGCGGACGGCCAUCACGCUGCCGGAGAACAACUUCACGAUCAAGAUCCGGCUGAACGAGUCGGCACGCAACUUUCGCCAGUUGUUCUCGCACAAUCCUUCCCAACUGUACCAGCACCUGAUGAACUGUCUGCACCGGGAACGUCAGUGUGUCGCCUAUCCGGACGAUUGCGUCAACGUGCAGGAUCCCGAGGUGACGGAGGUGUUUAAUGCGGUCCAGCAGCUGCAGAUCAUGGUGCGCACGAACGAAAAUGACAACCGUAACCUGAUGAAGGAGUACGAGCACCUACUGCUGGAGGUGCACGAGCUGCAGAAGAACCGGGCUCAGCUCGAGACGAUCGAGAACGCGGAUAUGCGGGCGCACGCCCACAACCAGCUCACCCAACACCAGAAGAUGGUGAACGAUCGGUUGCAGUUGUGCACUGGCAAGCGACUCGCCCUCGUUGACGGCUUCCGCAAGACGAUCAUCAUCACGGACGAGGUGCAGAGCAAGGUGCUGAACAAGUAUCUGUCGCAGUGGAAGAUCAACCAAGGGUUCGCCGGAAAUGGUGCGUCGACGAUGAGCGCCAGCAAUCUCGAUACGGUGCAGGCAUGGUGCGAAAGCCUGGCAGAGAUUAUCUGGGGCACCAAGGAUCAGAUCCGACUCGCGAUCAAGAACAAGUCGAAGUUGCACGUCGAGCAGGAGGACGUGCCGGAUCUACUGCCGCAGGCGAUGGUCGACGUGACCAACCUUCUGAAGACGCUCAUCACCAACACGUUCAUCAUCGAGAAGCAACCGCCGCAGGUGAUGAAGACCAACACACGGUUCGCUGCCACGGUGCGUUUGCUCGUCGGUAACACGCUCAACAUCAAGAUGGUGAAUCCACAGGUGAAGGUUUCCAUUAUAUCCGAGGCCCAAGCUCAACAGACACAGCAGACCAACAAAGCGUCCGAGCAGUCAUGCGGUGAAAUCAUGAACAAUAUCGGCAAUCUGGAGUACAACGAAACUACCAAACAGUUGUCGGUUAGCUUCAGAAACAUGCAACUCAAGAAGAUCAAGCGUGCCGAGAAAAAAGGCACUGAGUGUGUAAUGGAUGAAAAGUUCGCGUUAUUGUUCCAGUCCAGCUUUGCCGUCGGUCACGGCGAUCUAGUGUUCUCGGUGUGGACCAUUUCCCUGCCAGUAGUGGUGAUCGUCCACGGCAACCAGGAGCCCCAGUCAUGGGCCACCAUCACGUGGGAUAAUGCGUUCGCCGACAUCAACCGCAUCCCGUUCCAGGUCCCAGACAAGGUGUGCUGGAACCAGCUUGCAGAAGCACUCAACAUGAAAUUCCGCGCCUCAACCGGACGUUCGCUGACGCCGGAGAACAUGCACUUCCUGUGCGAGAAAGCGUUCAAGACCAGCCUGCCGUUCCCGGUGCCGAACGAUCUGACCAUCAUGUGGUCGCAGUUUUGCAAGGAACCAAUCCCGGAUCGCUCGUUCACCUUCUGGGAUUGGUUCUACGCGGCGAUGAAGGUUACACGCGAGCAUCUACGUGGCCCGUGGAUGGACGGUAGCAUCAUUGGCUUCAUACACAAGUCGAAGGCCGAAGACUAUCUGCUGAAGUGUUCUCGUGGCACCUUUUUGUUGCGUUUCUCCGAUAGUGAGCUAGGUGGCAUCACCAUCGCGUGGGUGAACGAGGGCAACGAUGGUCAGCCUCAGAUCCUGCACAUUCAGCCGUUCACAGCGAAGGAUUUUUCCACCCGUUCGCUGUCUGAUCGUAUCCGGGACUUUGACGAUCUGUUCUACUUAUACCCGAACAAGCCGAAGCACGAUGCGUUCGAUCGGUACACCACACCAGCAGGACCACCUCGUAAUAAGAACUACAUCGCAUCGGAGGUGCGUGCUGUGUUGAUGCCGGGCCCGACCAACAACCAGAUGAACAGCUUCCCGAACACCCCGUCCUACAAUAUUCAAUCGCCAGACGCGUCCCGCGAUACGCCCACGAGCGGUUACGGCCAGCCCAACUACGGACAAGUGGCCGACUUUGAGCUCGAGAACAUCGGCAUGUUUUCAUCGCAGUACUGAGUAUCAGCCCACAACGUGAAGCCGUGCCUGAACGCCGGUGUCCGUAGAUCCGUAUCCGGACCAGCCGCGAUGUUUCGCCCCGCGAAAUCGGCGCUUAGGAAGCUAUGAGUUAUCGCCUUCCCCUCUGCAGCAGCAUUUUGAUGAUUGAGACAGAUCGUGCAGAUCGUAGAUAAGACAUCGCUAGUGUGUAAGCUACUGCUAGUUAGGCACCGGAACGUCCGGCGCCCACUUGAAACCAGCUUAACUGUCGCUUCUGUUUCGUGGUCGUGAUCAUAUCCUCCGUCGCGCGGGUUCACAGGAGCAGUACUGUGAGAGGGUCUCCUGAGCUAUGGUGUUUUACACUCUCGUUUGCUCUGACUGCGUUUGAAUAUGAACACAAAAACGUUUGA